AUGGGUGACCUGCGUUCAGACGUCACCGAGGCCAUGCUGUACGAAAAGUUCAGUCCUGCAGGGCCUGUGCUGUCCAUCUGGGCCUGCCGCUAUAUGAUCACCCGCCGCUCCCUGGGUUAUGCCUACGUCAACUUCCAGCAGCCGGCCGACGCUGAGCGGGCCUUGGACACCAUGAACUUUGAUGUAAUUAAGGGAAAGCCAAUCCGAAUCAUGUGGUCUCAGAGGGAUCUGUCUCUGAGAAAAUCUGGUGGAAACGUCUUCAUCAAGAACCUGGAGAAAUCUAUAGAUGACAAGGCACUUUAUGAUACUUUUUCUGCUGUGGGGAACAUUUUGUCCUGCAAGGUGGUGUGUGAUGAAAACGGUUCUAAGGGUUAUGCCUUUAUCCACUUCGAGACCCAGGAGGCUGCCGACAAGGCCAUGGAGAAGAUGAACGGCAUGCUCCUCAACGACUGCAAAGUGUUUGCAGGCAGAUUCAAGUCUCGAAAAGAGCGGGAAGCUGAACUUGGAGCCAAAGCCAAGGAAUUCACCAAUGUUUACAUAAAAAACUUCGGGGAAAAGGUUGAUGAUGAGAAUCUGAAAGAGCUAUUUAGAGAGUUUGGUAAGACCCUAAGUGUCAAGGUGAUGAGAGAUCCCAUUGGGAAAUCCAAAGGCUUUGGCUUUGUGAGUUAUGAAAAACACGAGGAGGCCAAUAAGGCUGUGGAAGAGAUAAAGGGAAAAGAAAUCACUGGGAAGGUCCUUUUCGUUGGCCAUGCACAAAAGAAAGUGGAGUGGCAGGCCGAGUUAAAGCAAAAAUUUGAACAGCUGAAGCAGGAGAUGAUUAGUCGCUAUCAGGGGAUGAAUCUCUACAUUAAAAACUUGGAUGAAACCAUCCAUGACAAGAAGUUAAGGAAAGAGUUUUCUCCUUUUGGAUCAAUCGCCAGUGCUAAGGUGAUGCUGGAGAAUGGGAGAAGCAAAGGAUUUGGCUUUGUCUGCUUCUCGUCCCCUGAAGAGGCAACCAAAGCAGUCAGGGAGAAGAAUGGAUGCAUCGUGGGCUCCAAGCCACUGUAUGUCGCUCUGGACCAGAGAAAGGAGGAGAGAAAGGCUCACUUGACCAACCAGUAUAUGCAACAGGUGGCUGGGAUGAGGGCACUGCCCACCAAUGCCAUCUUAAAUCAGUUCCUGCCUGCAGCUGGGGGCUACUUUGUGCCAGCAGUUCCACAGACUCAGGGAAGACCUCUGUAUUACACACCUAACCAGUUAGCACAAAUGAGGCCUAAUCCACGCUGGCAGCAAGGUGGGAGAUCUCAAGGCUUCCAAGGAAUGCCAAGUGCUAUAUGCCAGUCUGGGCCUCGUCCAGAUCUUCGCCAUCUGGCUCCAACUGGUAAUGCUCCAGCUUCUGGCGGCCUCCCUACUACCACUCAGAGAGUUGGGUCUGAGUGCCCUGACCGCUUGGCUAUGGACUUUGGUGGGGCUGGUGCCACCCAGCAAGGGCUGACUAAAAGCUGCCAGUCUGGAGGUGUUCCUACAGCUGUGCAGAACUUAGCGCCUCGUGCUGCUGUUGCUGCCACUGCUCCUUGGGCUGUUGCACCUUAUAAAUAUGCCUCCAGCAUCUGCAGUCCUCACCCUGCCAUCCAGCCCCUGCAGGCACCCCUGCCUGCAGUCCACGUUCAGGGGCAGGAGCCGCUGACCGCCUCCAUUCUGGCCACAGCAUCCCUCCCCACCCAGGAACAGAAGCAGAUGCUGGGUUAACGUCUGUUCCCACUCAUCCAGACGAUGCACUCGAACCUGGCUGGGAAGAUAACUGGGAUGCUGCUGGAGAUCAACAGCUCGGAGUUGCUGCACAUGCUGGAGUCCCCCGAGUCUCUCUGCUCCAAGGUGGAGGAGGCUGUGGAGGUCCUUCAGGCUCAUCAUGCCAAGAAAGAAGCUGCUCAGAAGGUGGACGCUGUUGCUGCUGCUACCUCUUAG